AUGUGGUCAGUGCUGGUGUUGGGGCUCUGUGGGAAGGUGGUCAUUGUUCCUAAUUCUUUCCAGGACACUCAGUCUGAUUUGGAGGUGAUUUUAGAAUUCCUAGAGGAGUACUACAGACAAACCGCAGCAGAAAAUGUGAACAAGGUGUGCUGGACUGGAGGUGUGCCUGUGGAUGAAACAUGCGAGCAGCGCUGGACAUGCUGUGAGCCACCUAGCAUCAGACCUGCACUCCAGCCCUUCCUGGCACAGGACGCCUCACCGGCCCUCAGUCAAAACACAACAGCAACAUUGUCUGAGCGUGGGCCACUGCCAAACUGUGUAUCAACAAGACAAUCAACCAAACACCCAGCCACAGCAGCGAGGAGUGGAAAAAAGGUGCGACUCUUUCACUUCUUGUUUGAGAUGCUGGAGGAUCCCAACAUGGCUCACUGCGUGUCCUGGGUGCCAGCAGCCACCGGCGUUUUCCGUUUUUCCUCCAGGAAUAAGGACCAGGUGGCGGCACUCUGGGGCCAGAGAAAGGGCAACAAGAGGCCAAUGACCUACCAGAAGAUGUCCAGGGCGCUCAGGAACUACGCCAGGUCCGGAGAGAUCUUCAAGGUGAAGAAGAAGCUCACAUAUCAGUUCAGUCGGGACACACUGAUGUCCCUGCAGUCCCUCAACUGUCACUAAGGAGAUUUGUAAAGCAGAUUUUAUGUAUAUAUGCUGUUCUUCUUCACAUUUUUUUAAUGUCUAAAAACAUCAACUUUCAUUUACAACUUUCUCAGUUGUUAGUGAGACACAUUGCAUCCUAUUCCUGAUUUCUUGUGGUGUAAAUACUAACAAAAGAAAAGCAUUUUACUGUUGGAGUUUGAAGUAUUGCCUUUAUAGAGUUGGUGACUUUGGUUUGCAGUUUUUAUGGCCACAGUAAUAAACCUUCCAAUGACUGUGCGAUGAUGUUUCUUGCUAUCAGUUGUAGCUCACAUUUAACCUU